UUGCCUCCUUCUUUUUCUUCCUUAUUCUUCUCCUCCUCCUUCUUUCACUGCAAUUUAUUUCUCCCUCUUAUUCUUCCUCUUCUUCUUCCUUCUCCUCCUCCUUCUUUGUUGUUACUUAUUCAACUUCCACUCCCUUUGCAUCAAUUUAUUUCUACCCUCUUAUUCUUUCUUCUUCUUCUUCCAUCUCUUCCUCCUUCUUUGUUGUUUCUUAUUUUUCUUCUCCUCCUUUUGAUGCAAUUUAUUCUUCUCCUCUUAUUCUUCCUCUUCUUCUUCUUCUCCUCCUCCUUCUUUGUUAUUUUCUUAUUCAACGCCACUCCCUUUGCUGCCAAUUUAUUCUACCCUCUUAUUCUUCCUCUCUUUCCUCCUCCUCCUUCUUUGUUUUAUUUCAUUCAGCCCACUCCCUUUUCUUCGUUUAUUUUUUUGUUCCUUUUCUUCCAUCUCCUCCUCUUCUUCUUUAUUUAUUUACUUAUUCCUCCUUUUCUGCAAUUUAUUCCUCUCUUAUUCUUCCCUUCUUCUUCUUCCAUCUCCUCUCCUCCUUCUUUUUUAUUUACUUAUUCCAACCUUACUCCCCUUUGCUGCAAUUUAUUCUACCCCUCUUUUCUUCCUUUCUCUUCUUCUUCUCUCCUUUUUCCUUCUUUACCCUCUUGUUACUUAUUCAACACCACUCCCUUUGCUGCAAUUUAUUCUACCCUCUUAUUCUUCCUCUUCUUCUUCCAUCUCCUCCUCCUUCUUUGUUAUUUACUUAUUCAAGCACCUCCCUUUGCUGCAAUUUAUUUCUACCCUCUUAUUCUUCCUCUUCUUCUUCAUCUCCUCCUCCUUCUUUUUGUUGUUACUUAUUCCUCCCUCCCUUUCUGCAAUUUAUUCUACCCUCUUAUUCUUCCUCUUCUUCUUCCAUCCUCCUCCUUCAUUUCUUAUUCAACGCCACUCCCAUCAAUUUUUUCUACCCUCUUAUUCUUCCUCUUCUUCUUCAUCUCUCCUCCUCCUUCUUUUGCUUAUUCAAUUUUCCUAAUUUAUUUUCCCUCUUAUUCUUCCUCUUCUUCUUCCAUCUCCUCCUCCUUCUUUGCAAUUUUUCUUUACUUAUUCAACUUUUUUACUGCAACCCUCCGCUUAUUCUCCUCCCUUUGCUGCAAUUUUAUUCAACCCCUCUUAUUCUUCCUUCUUCUUCUUCUUCUCCCUCCUCCUUCUUUGUUGUUACUUAUUUCAACACCACUCCUUUGCUGCAAUUUAUACCCUCUUGUUCUUCUUCUUCUUCUUGUCUCCUCCUCCUUCUUUUGUAUUUACUUAUUCUUUUCCACUCCCUUUGCUGCAAUUUAUUUCUCCUCUUAUUCUUCCUCUUCUUCUUCCAUCUCCUCCUCCUUCUUUGUUUUACUUAUUCAACGCCACUCCUUUGAUGCAAUUUUAUUCUACCUCUUAUUCUUCCUCUUCUUCUUCCAACUCCUCCUCCUUCUUUGUUGUUACUUAUUCAACGCCACUCCUUUUGCUGCAAUUUAUUCUACCCUCUUAUUCUUCCUCUUCUUCUUCAUCUCUUCCUCCUUCUUUAUUUGUUACUUAUUCAACACCACUCCCUUUGCUGCAAUUUAUUCUACCCUCUUAUUCUUCCUCUUCUUCUUCCAUCUCCUCCUCCUUCUUUGUUUUUCUUAUUCAACACCCUCCCUUUGCUGCAAUUUUAUUCUACCCUCUUAUUCUUCCUCUUCUUCUUCAUCUCUUCCUCCUUCUUUGUUGUUUCAGCUUAUUCCUUUCCUUUGCUGCAAUUUAUUCUACCCUCUUAUUCUUCCAUCUUCUUCUUCCAUCUCCUCCUCCCUUCUUUGUUCUACCCUCUUAUUCUUAUUCUUCUUUUUCCCUCCCUUUGCUGCAAUUUAUUUCUACCCUCUUAUUCUUCCUCUUUCUUCUUCUUAUUCAACCUCCUUCUUUUGUUAUUCCUUUCUUAUUCUUUCCUCCUCCCUUUGUUUUAUUCUAUUCCUUUCUGCAAUUUAUUCUUCCUUAUUCUUCCUCUUCUUCUUCGCCACUCCCUUCUUCUUCCAAUUUAUUCUACCCUCUUAUUCUUCUAUUCUCUUCUUCUUCCAUCUCCUCCUCUUCUUUAUUUUUGCAAUUUAUUUACCUCUUAUUCUUCUUUCCUCCCUUUGCUGCAAUUUAUUUCUCCCCUCUUAUUCUUCCUCUUUUCUUCUCUUCACCCCAUCCCUCCUCCUUCUUUUGUUUUACUUAUUCAACGCCACUCCUUUGCUGCAAUUUAUCUUAUUCCCUUCUACCCAUUCUUCCUCUUCUUCUUCCAUCUCCUCCUCCUUCUUUCCCCUUGUUUACUUAUUCAACCCCACUCCCUUUGCUGCAAUUUAUUCUACCCUCUUAUUCUUCCUCUUCUUCUUCCAUCUCCUCCCCUUCUUUGUUGUUUGCUUAUUAGUGUAUCCUCCCUUUGCUGCAAUUUAUUCUAACCUCUUAUUCUUCUCUUCUUCUUCCAUCUCCUCCUCCUUCUUUGUUGUUAUUUACUUAUUUAUUAUACCUUUUAUUCUUCUCCUUUGCUGCAAUUUUAUUUCUACCCUCUUAUUCUUCCUAUAUUUCUUCUUCUUCCAUCUCCUCCUCCUUCUUUGUUUUACUUAUUCAACGCCCUCCCUUUGCUGCAAUUUAUUCUACCCUCUUAUUCUUCCUCUUCUUCUUCCAUCUCCUCCUCCUUCUUUGUUGACACUUAUUCCUUCCCUCCUUUGCUACAAUUUUAUUUCUACCCUCAUAUUCUUCCUCUUCUUCUUCCAUCUCCUCCUCUCCUUCUUUGUUGUUAUUCAACACCAAUCCCUUUGCUCUUCUACCCUCUUAUUCUUCCUCUUCUUCUUCUCCUCCUUCUUUUUGUUGUUACUUAUUCAACGCCACUUAUUCAUUAUUCUUCCCUCUUAUUUUCCUCUUCUUCCUCCCUUUGCUGUAAUUUAUUCUAACCUCUUAUUCUUCCUCUUCUUCUUCCAUCUCUUCCUCCUUCUUUAUUUGUUACUUAUUCAACGCCACUCCCUUUGCUGCAAUUUAUUCUACCCUCUUAUUCUUCCUCUUCUUCUUCCAUCUCCUCCUCCUUCUUUGUUGUUACUUAUUCAACGCCACUCCUUUGCUGCAAUUUCUUCCUCUUAUUCCUCCCUUCCUUCUUUGUUCUUUAUUCAACGCCCCCUUUUGCAAUUUCUUCUACUUUAUUCUUCUCUUCUUCUUCCUCCUUCUUUCUUUGUUACUUAUUCAACGCCACUCCCUUUGCUGCAAUUUAUUCUACCCUCUUAUUCUUCCUCUUCUUCUUCCAUCUCCUCCUCCUUCUUAUUUUGUUUACUUAUUCAACGCCAUCUCCUCCCUUUGCUGCAAUUUAUUCUACCUCUUAUUCUUCCUCUUCUUCUUCUCUUCUUCCUCCUCCUUCUUUGUUGUUACUUAUUCAACGCCACUCCCUUUGCUGCAAUUUAUUCUACCCUCUUAUUCUUCCUCUUCUUCUUCCAUCUCCUCCUCCCUUCUUUUUUCUGCCUCUUAUUCUUCGCCCAUCUCCUCCUCCUUCUUUGCAAUUUAUUUCAACACCACUCCCUUUGCUGCAAUUUCUUCCUCUUCUUCCACCUUCUCCUCUUCUCCUUCUUUUGUUGUUACUUAUUCCCUUCUCCCCUUUGCUGCAAUUUAUUUCUACCCUCUGUUCUUCUUUCUCUUCUUCCUCCUCCUUCCAUCUUAUUCAACGCCCUCCACCAAUUAUUUCUACCUGUUCUUCCUCUUCUUCUUCCAUCUCCUCCUCCUUCUUUGUUGUUACUUAUUCACCUUUCGCUCCUUUUCCCUCCUCUUAUUCUUCCUCUUCUUCUUCCAUCUCCUCCUCCUUCUUUUUUUUACUUAUUCAACCCAUCCUCCCUUUGCUGCAAUUUAUUCUACCCUCUUAUUCUUCCUCUUCUUCUUCCAUCCUCCUCUUCCCUUCUUUGUACUUACUUAUUCAUCCCUCCUCCCUUUGCUGUAAUUUAUUCUACCCCUCUUAUUCUUCCUCUUCUUCUUCCAUCUCCUCCUCCUUCUUUUGUUGUUGCUUAUUCAACGCCACUCCUUUGCUGCAAUUUAUUCUACCCUCUUAUUCUUCCUCUUCUUCUUCCAUCUCCUCCACCUUCUUUUUUCUUAUUUACUUCCUCCUUUGCUGCAAUUUAUUUCUCCUUAUUCUUCCUCUUCUUCCAUCUCCUCCUCCUUCUUUUGUUCUUUGACAUUCUUCACUCUUUUUUCUGCAAUUUAUUCUAUCCUCUCCCCCUUAUUCUUCCUCUUCUUCUUCCAUCUCCUCCUUCCUUCUUUUGUCCUUUGUUGCAAUUUUAUUUUCUUAUUCUUUCAUAUUCCCUUUGCUUAUUGCAAUUUAUUCUGCCCUCUUAUUCUUCCUCUUCUUCUUCCAUCUCCUCCUCCUUCUUGUUUUCUUAUUCACUCCUUUGCUUUUCUUCCUCUUCUUCUUCAUUUCCUCCUUCUUUGUUGUUACUUUUCAACGCCACUCCUUUUGCAAUUCUACCCUCUUAUUCUUCCUCUUCUUCUUCCAUCUCCUCCUCCUUCUUUGUUUUUACUUAUUCAACUUACUCCCUUUGCUGCAAUUUAUUCUACCCUCUUAUUCUUCCUCUUCUUCUUCCAUCUCCUCCUCCUUCUUUGUUGCUUAUUCCUCCUCCUCCUCCCUUUGCUGCAAUUUAUUCUACCCUCUUAUUCUUCCUCUUCUUCUUCCAUCUCCUCCUCCUUCUUUGUUAUUUUACUUAUUCAACACCCUCCCUUUGCUGCAAUUUAUUCUACCCUCUUAUUCUUCCCUUCUUCUUCCUUCUCCUCCUUCCUUUGUUGUUUACUUAUUCAACGCCCUCCUUUCUGCAAUUUUUAAUUUAUUCUUCCUCUUCUUCUUCACCUCCUCCUCCUUCUUUGUUGUUACUUAUUCCGCCACUCCCUUUGCUGCAAUUUUUUCUACCUUCUUCUUAUCUUCUUCCUUCUUUUUUAACACCACUCCCUUUGCUGCAAUUUAUUCUACCCUCUUAUUCUUCCUCUUCUUCUUCCAUCUCCUCCUCCUUCUUUGUUUUUACUUAUUCAACGCCACUCCCUUUGCUGCAAUUUAUUCUACCCUCUUAUUCUUCCUCUUCUUCUUCCAUCUCCUCCUCCUUCUUUGUUGUUACUUAUUCAACGCCCUCCCUUUGCUGCAAUUUAUUCUCCCUCUUAUUCUUCCUCUUCUUCUUCCAUCUCCUCCUCCUUCUUUUUUUUUACUUUCAACGCCACUCCUUUGUUGCAAUUUAUUCUACCCUCUUAUUCUUUCUUCUUCUUCAUCUCCUCCUCCUUCUUUAUUUUUACUUAUUUCUCCUUUGCUGCAAUUUAUUCUACCCUCUUAUUCUUUCCUUCUUCUUCCAACAUCUCUUCCUCUUCUUAUUUGUUCUUUUCUCCUCCUUUGCUGCAAUUUAUUCUACCUUUUAUUCUUCCUCUUCUUCUUCCAUCUCCUCCUCCUUCUUUGUUUUUCUUAUUCAACGCCUCUCCCUUUGCUCCAAUUUUAUUCUACCCUCUUAUUCUUCCUCUUCUUCUUCCAUCUCCUCCUCCUUCUUUGUUUCUCUUAUUCAACCAUACUCCUUUGAUGCAAUUUAUUCUACCCUCUUAUUCUUCCUUCUUCUUCCAUCUCCUCCUCCUUCUUUGUUAUUCGCUUAUUCAACGCCCUCCCUUUGCUGCAAUUUAUUCUACCCUCUUAUUCUUCCUCUUCUUCUUCCAUCUCCUCCUCCUUCUUUGUUUUCUUAUUCAACGCCACUCCCUUUGCUGCAAUUUAUUUCUACCCUCUUAUUCUUUCCUCUUCCUUCUUCCUUUAUUCAACCUCCCUUUGCUGCAAUUUAUUCUACCCUUUAUUCUUCCUUUCUUCUUCCAUCUCCUCCUUCUUUUUUGUUACUUUAUUCAACACCUCUCCCUUUGCUGCAAUUUAUUCUACCCUCUUAUUCUUCCUCUUCUUCUUCCAUCUCCUCCUCCUUCUUUGUUAUUUACUUAUUCAACCCACUCCCUUUGCUGCAAUUUAUUUCUACCCUCUUAUUCUUCCUCUUCUUCUUCCAUAUCCUCCUCCUUCUUUGUUUGUUACUUAUUCAACGCCACUUUCUCCUUUGCUCCUCCUCUUGUUUUAUUCUAACCUCUUAUUCUUCCUCUUCUCUUCCAUCUCCUCCUUCUUUUGUUGUUACUUAUUCAACGCCACCUCCCUUUGCUGCAAUUUAUUCUACCCUCUUAUUCUUCCUCUUCUUCUUUCCAUCUCCUCCUCCUUCUUUUUGUUACUUAUUCAACCCCACUCCUUUGCUGCAAUUUAUUCUACCCUCUUAUUCUUCCUCUUCUUCUUCCAUCUCCUCCUCCUUCUUUGUUUUACUUAUUCAACGCCACUCCUUUGCUGCAAUUUAUUCUACCUACCCUCCUAUUCUUCCUCUUCUUCUUCAUCUUAUUCCUCCUCCUUCUUUGUUGUUACUUAUUCUUCGCCUCUUCCCUUUGCUGCAAUUUAUUCUACCCUCUUAUUCUUCCUCUUCUUUCUUCCAUCUCCUCCUCCUUCUUUUUUUGUUACUUAUUCAACGCCACUCCCUUUGCUGCAAUUUAUUCUACCCUCUUAUUCUUCUCUUCUUCUUCCAUCUCCUCCUCCUUCUUUGUUGUUACUUAUUCAACGCCACUCCCUUUGCUGCAAUUUAUUUCGCCUCUUAUUCUUCCUCUUCUUCUUCCAUCUCCUCCUCCUUCUUUGUUGUUACUUAUUCCACUCCCUUUGAUGCAAUUUAUUCUACCCUCUUAUUCUUCCUCUUCUUCUUCCAUCUCCUCCUCCUUCUUUGUUGUUACUUAUUCAACCUUCUCCCUUUGCUGCAAUUUAUUCUACCCUCUUAUUCUUCCUCUUCUUCUUCCAUCUCCUCUUCCUUCUUUGUUUUUACUUAUUCAUCGCCUCCCUUUGCUGCAAUUUUUCUACCCUCUUAUUCUUCCUCUUCUUCUUCCAUCUCCUCCUCCUUUUGUUGUUACUUAUUCAACCCCUCCUUUUGCUGCAAUUUAUUUCUACCCUUCUUAUUCUUCCUCUUCUUCUUCCAUCUCCUCCUCCUUCUUUGUUGUUACUUAUUCAACGCCUCCUUUUGCUGCAAUUUAUUCUACCCUCUUAUUCUUCCUCUUCUUCUUCAUCUCCUCCUCCUUCUUUGUUGUUACUUAUUCAACGCCACUCCCUUUGCUGCAAUUUAUUCUACCCUUUCUUAUUCUUCCUCUUUUUUCUUCCAUCUCCUCCUCCUUCUUUGUUGUUACUUAUUCAACGCCUUCCCUUUGCUGCAAUUUAUUUCUACCCUUUAUUCUUCUUCUUCUUUCUUCCAUCUCCUCCUCCUUCUUUGUUGUUACUUAUUCGCCUCUUCACCACUCCUUUGCUGCAAUUUAUUCUACCCUCUUAUUCUUCCUCCUUCUUCCAUCUCCUCCUCCUUUUUCCUUAUUCCUCCCCUCCCUUUUGCCAAUUUAUUUGCUUUUUCUUCCUCUUCUUCUUCCAUCUCCUCCUCCUUCCACUUAUUCAACGCCACUCCCUUUGCUCAAUUUAUUCUACCCUCUUAUUCUUCCUCUUCUUCUUCCAUCUCCUCCUCCUUCUUUUUGUUUUAUUCAACGCCACUCCCUUUGCUGCAAUUUAUUCUACCUCUUAUUCUUCCUCUUCUUCUUCAUCUCCUCCUCCUCCUUCUUUGUUUGUUACUUAUUCAACGCCACUCCCUUUGCUGCAAUUUAUUCUAA